AUGGAAGUCAGAAACUUCAGCGCUGUCCGGCAAUUGCGAGAGUGUGGAGCUCGAAUAGACAUUAUAGACGAGCAAGGGAAGACGCCACUACACGAAGCCGUGACAUCUGUGCAGCCUGCGAUGGUACUGUUUCUAUUAGAAGCUGGAGCUGACUCCUUCGCAGCGGACAACGAUGGCGAAAACUCUCUGGCAGCGGCAGAGAGAUUGAUGAAAGAGAAAUUGCUGGCAAUAGAGGAGCCCAGGGAAGAAACCGAUGAGAAUGAACGUUAUUUUCCAGUCAUGCCGGAACCGGACCCCCGUGAAGACCUGGAGGUGCUGGAGUAG